GACUUCCGGUUUACGCUGCGUUUCCGGCGCUAGGUGGUAGUAGCGUCACUCUCAAGCUUCUGUUAAGACUGACCCGCGCAACUCGCGUGAGAGGAGAACGUAAAUAAAGGCACAAACGUCUGAAACACAAUGAGUCUUGACGUGAAGAAAUUGAAAGUCAACGAAUUAAAGGAAGAGCUUCAGCGCCGCGGCCUGGACACCAAAGGCCUGAAGGCGGACCUGGUGGAGAGGCUGAGGGCUGCCCUGGAGGAGGAGGAGGCUGAGACCGACACUCCGGAGCAGAGGGAGCCGGAGGAGCAGGAGGACGAGUACGGGCAGGACUUCCAAGACAAUGAUGAUGGGGAUGAUGGCCAAGAGCAACAAGAACCAGUUGAGGAUUAUGGCGAUGAAGAUGCUGACGGUGAUGGAGACGGAGAUGGCGAUGGUGAUGUCCCGCAAGAGGAUGAUGAGGGCAGAGAUUCAGGUGGUUAUUACGAGGAAGAGGAGGCUGAAGGUGAACCGUAUGAAAGUCAGCCAGCCUCAGACUCAGGUCACAGCAUGCCCGACUUCACAGCAGAUGUCGAUAUUCACAAGCCAGACAUGAUGUCUGAGCCGGAGGCCAAGCCUGUGCAGGAGCCAGAGGAGCCUGUGGAAGUCAAACCAGAAGUCAAAGUAGAAGUCAAAACGGAAGAUGAUAAAGAGGACACACAGCAGGAUAAUCACAGGACUGACCAGCAGCGUGAGCCGGAAGCAUCCGCUCAGGCCGAGCAGGUGAAGGCCGAAGCUGACAGAGCUGGAAACUAUGGCCGUAAGAGGCCAUACGAGGAAAACCGGGGAUAUGGAUACUAUGAGCAUCGUGAAGACAAAAGGUCUCGCACACCACAGCCUCCUGCUGAAGAUGAAGAAGAGAUAAUCGAUGACACGCUUGUUACCAUUGAUACAUACAACUGUGAUCUGCACUUCAAAGUGUCUCGAGAUCGCUACAGCGGAUACCCGCUCACCAUCGAAGGCUUUGCGUACCUGUGGUCUGGAGCUCGAGCCACACAUGGCAUCACCAGCGGCCGUGUGUGUUAUGAGAUGAAGAUCAAUGAGGAAAUUCCGGUGAAACACCUGCCCAGUAGCGAGCCAGAUCCACAUGUGGUGAGAAUCGGAUGGUCCCUCAACCACUGCAGCACUCAGCUUGGUGAGGAGGCUUUCUCCUUUGGAUAUGGAGGAACAGGAAAGAAAUCCUGUGACUGCAAGUUUGGAGACUAUGGUGAGAGGUUUGGUGAAAAUGACGUCAUCGGCUGUUACAUUGACUUUGACAGUAGUGAUGAGGUGGAAAUGGGCUUCACUAAGAACGGAGUGUGGCUUGGAGUGGCUUUCCGGACAACCAAGGAGGCGUUGGCAGGCCGUGCCCUGUUCCCUCACGUUCUGGUGAAGAAUUGCGCUGUCGAGUUUAACUUUGGGCAGAAACGGGAGCCAUAUUUCCCCCCACCAGAGGGAUACUCUUACAUCCAUAAUCUUAGUAUGGAACAGAAGAUCAGAGGCACUAAAGGACCUGCCAACAAAUCAGAUUGUGAGAUCCUGAUGAUGGUUGGCCUGCCCGCCUGUGGAAAGACCACCUGGGCCAUUAAACAUGCUGAAGCUAAUCCCGAUAAGAAGUACAACAUCCUGGGAACCAAUGCUAUCAUGGACAAGAUGAAGGUGAUGGGUCUGCGUCGUCAGAGGAACUACGCUGGACGCUGGGAUGUACUCAUCCAACAGGCCACCCAGUGUCUGAACCGUCUGAUUGAGAUCGCCGCCCGCAAGAGACGCAACUACAUCCUUGAUCAGACAAAUGUAUAUGGAUCAGCAAGGAGACGAAAAAUGCGUCCUUUUGAAGGUUUUCAACGCAAGGCUAUUGUAAUUUGUCCCACGGACGAGGAUUUAAAAGAGCGAACAUUAAAGCAAACCAAUGAGCAGGGGAAGGAUGUGCCCGAUCAUGCUGUUUUAGAAAUGAAAGCCAACUUUACUCUCCCUGAGGCUUGCGACUUCCUGGAGGCGGUGACGUUCAUAGAGCUGCAGCGCGAGGAGGCUGAAAAGCUGCUGAAGCAGUACAACGAAGAUGGCCGCAAGGCAGGCCCGCCCCCUGAGAAGCGCUUUGACAACAGGCAGGGUGGGUUCCGUGGCCGCGGUGGUGGUAACUUCCAGCGGUACGAUAAUCGUGACGGAUCCCGUGGUGGUUACCAGAACCGCAGCGGAGAUGGAGGCAGUGGAUACAGAGGAGGCUACAACCGUGGCAGCUACAACCAGAAUCGCUGGGGCAGCAGCUACCGAGAUGGAGGCUCUGAUUCACGCAGCGGAUACAACCGCAACCCGCCGGCAACAGGAACCUACAACCGCCCAGUUCCUUAUGCCAAGACAGGAUACAACCAGAGCUACAGCCAGAGCUACAAUCAGGGCUACAACCAGGGCAGCUACAACCAGAACUACUACAGCAACUACAGCCAGUACCCGGGCUACAGCCAGAGCUACAGCCAGACCCCGGCCACCGCACAGACGUACAACCACCACCAGCAACAGCCACAGCAACAACCGCAGGCACAGCAACCGGCACAGCAGCAACAGCAGAGCUACAACCAGCAAUACCAGCAGUAUGCUCAGCAGUGGCAGCAGUACUACCAGAACCAGAACCAGUGGAACCAGUACUACAGCCAGUACGGCAGCUACCCGGGACAGGGCAGCCAGGGCUCCUCCUCCGGCACCCAGUAGCUCCGCCCACACCACCACUACCUGCACCCACCCGCGUCCUGACCCCCGACCUCCGCAGCUGAUCCGUUUUUGUACAGCCCGCCCACCUGCCACGCCCCGCCCCAUCCCGCCCCUCCCUGCCCCUCCCCUCAGCCCGG